AAAUUUUGCUCUGAGUUUUGGAAUUUUCUAUUCCCUAGAUGUAAACUAUCUCGUUUUAACUUUUAAAUAAUUUGUUUAUCUUGCAAUUCUAUAUUUUGAAACCAACCCUCCUCAUGGACAGUGGUUUCUCAAGUUGCAACACUAUGCGCUGAUCUCCUUCUUACUAGUCAGAAAUUCAAAACGUGAUACUCGACCACUCAGGAAUUUUUACCUACCAUUUACGUUAGGUCCUUUUGAUCCAAUAGCAAAUCUAAAUAUGAUCAUUCGCGGCAUACGCUAUAAAAAUUCGCGUUUCAUUCUAUCUACAAUUCAUUCUUUGGAAGUCAGUCGAAUCCACAACUCUGCUCUUAACAGCGCUUCUAUUGAUUGUUCGGAGGGAUUCGUUAGUUUCGUAUAUAAACGUAAGGACUUUGGUAAGCUACCUUUUUGUCUUUAAAUUUAGCUUUUGCUGUAGUCUUUACAGUCUUUCUGCCUCAGUCUGCUGUAGUCUCUUCGUGUCUAAGCUGUCUGACUCACAAAGCGUUUUUUUAACCAAUUAAAACAGGGGCACCCAACGAAGAAUAUAGUUAACCACUUAAACAUAGCUUGUUCAACGUAUUUUAGUAUUUAAACGGUAAAUAUAGGCAAAUUUUUAUCCCCUAAAAAUUUUUCAUAUGUUCGGAUUUCCUAGCAGAAAGUCUAGUGAUCCGAAAAUUAUAGGGAUCAAAAUUUACCUUUUCGAAAGUUUUAGGCAGAAAAAAGACUCUCGAAAAUUCUAGGUGACCUUUUUAGGGUAAAACGCCGUUAAAAAUGGGCAAUUAUACCCUUUUUAAGACGUUCGAAAAUCCUAGGAGAGGUAAGCAAGCAAGAAUUUUACAAAAAAUGUUCCAAAAAUUCUAGAUCUCAAAUCGUCCUCCGAACAGAUAUUUUCCGAAAAUUGACGUUGGGUGCCCCUGUUAAAAUAAUCGAAGCACUAUUUUUUGCAUCAAUAUUAUAUUUUAAAAAGUUUCCGUUAAGCGUCCUUUAGAUCGCAGACUCUAACACUAACGAUUAUGAGUUACACAGCACUGUCAGGCCCAUUUAGUCGGAACCAUCUUUUUUGUCUAGAGAGGAAAUAUUCAUAACUAAAUUCUCGUUUUCCCCUGUCCAAAAAGAUUCCAAGCUUUGUUAUCAAUUCUAUGCAAGACAUUUCCGCCGUUCUUCCAAGUUUUGAAAGUUAGCAUUAAUAUCGACUUAGUCCUUUGCAAAACUAGUGGGCCAGUUCUUUAAACGGAGCUUAACCCGUGUUUAACAAAACCGCGGUGUUUUGGUUAAGUGGUCGCUUAUGGAAGGUGGUAGUACACUGUACAUGGAGGUUCGACUUUUGUAGUAUUCCUGAAGCAGCUAGACACUUCUAUGUUCAAAUCAUUCACUCUUUUCUAUAGUGAAACAAGAUGUUUCGCUCACCGGUUUGCUCGUUAAUCUUCGCAUUGACCCUUGGGCUGGCGUCAUCUUACGUACUUGACGACAUCUACUCGAGUAAGGAGGAAUUUGAAGAGAACGAAACAAAAGAAGUGGAAAACGAAAAGAGAGAUGACAUUCCUGAUCUGAAUGGCAGCUGGUCCUUCGAUGAAUUGGAUGAUGUGAUGGUAGAAGAUCUCCCACAGAGUAUCAUAGACAAAGCGAAAAACCUUGCGAACGGUAAAUGCAGCAAGGUAUAUGUACAGCCAAGGAAUAGAGUGGAAGAAAAAAAGGGCGCCCAGAAGAAGUUUUACCAAUCGUUUCAGCAUGGAGAAAAGAGUUCCAUGAGUGAUGAAAAGUGGCUGAAAGUAAAAAAGAGUGAACAGUGCAACACCUGUGUCUUAAAUAAACUUUGCCAUGAGAUGAGUGCUGAAACCUUAAAGCAAUUGAACAUUGAAUCGACAUUAACUGCGUAAGUACUUAAGUUCAGUCUGUGAUAUAUCAAAAAUUGCUCCAUUAUUCUGUUCAGGGGAGGGGGAUUUAAAUGGCGAAUUAAAAUGACGGGGAUCAUCAAAAGGAGCAAAAAUCAAAACCCCCCAAAAUCCCUAGAACAUGCUUCCAACGACUCCCUCCACCAGCCCCCACAAAGUUUCUGAAAACAAAAAGUCACCCCCAUACUUUUUUUUAUCAGAUAGAACUACGCGGCCAGCAUACACACUCGGUACAACGCCAAUCUUCAGAUUGUUUUUAAUAACUUUAAAUCAACACACCCCCCAAAAAACCCUUGCCAAAUUUUCCAAACCAAACAAAUUUCGGGAAAAAAAUUGAAACCCCAAGAUAUCGUUUGCUCAUCUUCGCCACUUAACUCUGGACAACUAUAUCUGGUCAACUCCGAACAAGCUCUCAUUAAGGUGACUCGACCAAGUUAUUUUGUGAGGGUACCAUCCUACUUUAAAGCUCUCUGGUAUCCCCACCUUUACUUUGAUCGUAAGUCUAACAUAUAGCAUGGAUAACAUAUAGAUCACUCUACAAUAUAGCAUAACAUUUUUGGCGAUCGGAGUAAAUGUCACGUGGUUAUAGUGCCACCCCUCUUUGGGGUGUGAGUCGAAAUUCUGCUGUUGCCGGCAUUUUUUCGUGAAAAUCUCUCGGCUACAUAUAGUGCUUAUUAGUGCCUUGCGUUGAACAGAGUUUCACCAAACUAUCGCAAAGACCCAAUGUGAGAAAUUCAGCGGUUUCCAAAUUUGGGUCAUAAUUUAUGCGAAAAUGAUAAGCAAACUUUACACGAUUAUAUCUAAUAAACUAUGAGAUUUAUCCCUUUAUUUUGGGGAUCUUAAUAACAGAUGGGUCCUUGCAAGUCAGCAAAAGGCUGUGGGGCCUUGUAAAUGCGCGAGAUUUCCAGCAAUGCAAACAUAUUCCAUAUACAAAUUAUAGUUUUAGCUAUUUGUUGACGUUUGUCAGUGUUUAAGAGUCCUUCUCACGAAAAAAGCAUUUUCUUAAAAAUUCGUAUUUUUUUCCUUCAAAUUUUUCCAGGGCCACAAUUGAUUAACUAACUACCCGGAUUCUGAAUUUCACGAUCAUUGAAAAACUGUGACAUUAGCUUCUAUAAGCCCAAACUUGAGUAAACAUUGACGAUUUUUAGCGUUUUGGCUGACUUUGUGCUUUGGGGGUUUUCUUUUGUUUCUUUUGUGUAACUGGGCCGAGUCACAUUAAGCAUUUUCAAAACCUUGAGUUCGAUUAAGUGUGUCCUUGAGGUCAGCGGCGUGUCCUUGUACGUAGGUAGGUACUUUAAGUAGGGUUAUUAAAGUGUAUCAAGAAUGCAUUUAAAAUAAUGUAUUGACAUGUAUACCCAUGUAAUGUCAUGUAUAGCCAUGUAUAGCCAUGUAUUGCCAUGUAUAGCCAUAUAUUGCCAUGUAUAGCCAUGUAUUGCCAUGUAUACCCAUGUAUAGCCAUGUAUUGCCAUGUAUUACAAUGUAUAGCCAUGUAUUACCAUGUAUCACCAUGUAUUACCAUGUAUAGCCAUGUAUAGCCAUGUAUAGCCAUGUAUUGCCAUGUAUUGCCAUGUAUUGCCAUGUAUACCCAUGUAUAGCCAUGUAUACCCAUGUAUAGCCAUGUAUUGCCAUGUAUUACCAUGUAUUGCCAUGUAUUACCAUGUAUAGCCAUGUAUAGCCAUGUAUUGCCAUGUAUAGCCAUGUAUUGCCAUGUAUUGCCAUGUAUAGCCAUGUAUUGCCAUGUAUACCCAUGUAUAGCCAUGUAUUGCCAUGUAUUACAAUGUAUCACCAUGUAUUACCAUGUAUAGCCAUGUAUCACCAUGUAUUACCAUGUAUAGCCAUGUAUAGCCAUGUAUUGCCAUGUAUAGCCAUGUAUUGCCAUGUAUAGCUAUGUAUUGCCAUGUAUACCCAUGUAUACCCAUGUAUAGCCAUGUAUUGCCAUGUAUUACCAUGUAUAGCCAUGUAUUACCAUGUAUCACCAUGUAUUACCAUGUAUAGCCAUGCAUUACCAUGUAUACCCAUGUAUUGCCAUGUAUUACCAUGUAUAGCCAUGAAUACCCAUGUAAUGCGGUGUAUUGCCAUGUAUUACCAUGUAUAGCCAUGUAUAGCCAUUUAUUGCCAUGUAUUACCAUGUAUCGCCAUGUAUUACCAUGUGCUGCCAUGUAUCGCUAUGUAUUACCAUGUAUUACUUUGUAUUACCAUGUUUUGCCAUGUAUUACUAUGUAUUACGAUGCAUUACUAUGUUUUGCUAUGUAUAGCGAUGUAUUGCCAUGUACUGCCAUGUAUAGCCGUGUACUGUCAUGUACAGCCAUGUACUCCCAUGUAUUACAUAUAUUGACAUGUACUGCGUGUAUAGCCAUGUAUUGCUAUGUAGUUCUAUUAAUUACUCUGUAUUGCUAUGUAUUGCCAUGUGUGGCCAUGUAUUUACUAUGUAUGUCUUAAGUUGGAUUAAAGUCUUUUUUUUGUCUGUUACAUAGUUCAGGGGUAGCCCAAGAAAAGGCUUUUUUUCCGAAUGAAAAUAUAGUUUUUUGGGGAGGGCAACGUUCUUUCAGGAUUGUAAACGGAUACUAGUUGACAAAGAUAUUCAAGUGCCAUUGGUCACUUUAGAAAAUACCCUCUUUGAAAGUCAGUUAAGAACUUAUUGGUCCCGAAGAGCAGGGAUUUCGCCCAUAAGGCGAAAUUCCGAGGAAGCACUCUAUUAGCUCGCCCGUUUAUUACGGAAAGUACUUACAGUUGUUAUUUAUAGUCAGUAUACCAGAAAAAAAUAUCGAUUUCUUUUAUAGAUAGGGGCCGCAAGGGAUAGGGGGUUAACGUUUUCUUUUGUUCGCGCCCGUAGUAAAGACAGAAAAUCCCGAAGGACCGCAGAUUGGUAGUUUUUUUGGUCAUACUUCGUUUACCUUUUGCGUUACGCGUUAUCAGUGACAUUUUGUGGAGCAGCUGUUUUCAAAGUUUCGCUCGUUAAGCGCAGUUGAAGUUAUAAGUUUCGUAUAAUUGUGUGUAUAUAAACUUUUGAAGAGUUUGCCAGACAUGAGUUCACAUAUAUAUUUGAUUGGAAACAAUUUGCUAGAAACUCUUUCUCUCCCUUUGAAUUCAUGCAAACAUUAAAUUUAAUGACAACUGAGUUGCAAUAUUUGACAGUCGAAAGAUCCAACAGUUAUCACUUAAAAAAAAAUCUUAUCCUUUCUUUCAAGUCUUCUCCUGAUGGCUGAGAAUAAUUGGACAGGUUUGUAGGCGCCCAGCUUCACGAGCUAGAUCUACCACCCUUUCAAAAUAGGGUACGUCGGUCUAGUUUCGGGUGUAGCCGAAUUACAUGCAGGAGUAGUCAAUAUAGAUAAUAUCGGUAUCGAUGAAAAUCGUUAGCAAUCAAGUCAUUUUUUUGAUUGAUAACACAAAAAGGUGAAAAAGUAUCUAAGGAAAAUCUGUUAGCCUGAAUUUCAGACAUCCCUUCGAGACGAAGGAAUGUCUGAAAUGCGAGAACUGAAUGUAUUUAACCUGAAUUGUUUUUGUUCAACAUGAAGGGUUUUAGACAAAAUUUUGUGUGUGUAAUAGUUUCCACAUUUCCCAUUUUCUGUUUGUUUAUCAGUAGUUACUCGUGGAUAUGUUUUCUUAGCUGUACUAUCUAGCUUAAGCCACGAAACAACCAUGAUGGACUUACGUUAUCAAUCGUGAAAAUCAUGAAAAAUCGUCAAUAUCGAUUUGACACAGAAAUUUAUGUUAUCGAUUUUCACCGAUUCCAGUUAUCAAUUGGAAUUUAAUCACUUGAUUGCUACCGAUUUUUAUCGAUUGACUGGCUCUUGAAUACCAGCAAGAAAAGGAAAAUAAGGGAUAUUUAAGAAAUAGCUAUACAUAGCUAUACAUGGGUAUACAUGGCAAUACAUGGUGAUACAUGGUAAUACAUGGCUAUACAGGACAUUACGUGGCUAUACAUGGCUAUACAUUGCUAUACAUGGUAAUACAUAGUGAUACAUGGUAAUACAUGGCUAUACAUUGCUAUACAUGGCUAUACAUGACAUUACAUGGCUAUACAUGGCUAUACAUGGCUAUACAUUGCUAUACAUGGUAAUACAUAGUGAUACAUGGCAAUACAUGGCUAUAAAUGGCUAUACAUGGCUAUACAUGGCUAUACAUGGUAAUACAUGGUGAUACAUAAUAAUACAUGGUAAUACAUGGCAAUACAUGGUGAUACAUGGCAAUACAUGGCUAUACAUGGCUAUACAUGGUAAUACAUGGCUGUACAUGGUAAUACAUGGCUACACAUGGCUAUACAUGACAUUACAUGGCUAUACAUGGCUAUACAUGGCUAUACAUUGUUAUACAUUGUAAUACGUGGUGAUACAUGGCAAUACAUGGCUAUAAAUGGCUAUACAUGGCUAUACAUGGCUAUACAUGGUAAUACAUGGUGAUACAUAAUAAUACAUGGUAAUACAUGGCAAUACAUGGUGAUACAUGGUAAUACAUGGCUAUACAUGGCUAUACAUGGUAAUACAUGGCUGUACAUGGUAAUACAUGGCUAUACAUGGCUAUACAUGGCAAUACAUGGCUAUACAUGGCAAUACAUGGCUAUACAUGGCAAUAUAUGGCUAUACAUGGCAAUACAUGGCUAUACAUGGCAAUACAUGGCAAUACAUGGUGAUACAUGGUAAUACAUGGCUGUACAUGGUAAUACAUGGCUAUACAUGGCUAUACAUGGGUAUACAUGGCAAUACAUGGCUAUACAUGGCAAUACAUGGCUAUACAUGGGUAUAUAUGGCUAUACAUAGGUAUACAUGGCUAUACAUGGCAAUACAUGGCAAUACAUGGUGAUACAUGGUAAUACAUGGCUAUACAUGACAAUACAUGGCUAUACAUGGCUAUACAUGGCUAUACAUGGUAAUAUAUGGUAAUACAUGGUGAUACAUGGCUAUACAUGGCUAUACAUGGCUAUACAUGGUAAUACAUGGUGAUACAUGGUAAUACAUGGCAAUACAUGGUAAUACAUGGCAAUACAUGGCUAUACAUGGGUAUACAUGGCUAUACAUGGGUAUACAUGGCAAUACAUGGCUAUACAUGGCUAUAUAUGGGUAUACAUGGCAAUACAUGGUGAUACAUGGUAAUACAUGGCUAUACAUGACAUUACAUGGCUAUACAUGGCUAUACAUUGCUAUACAUGGUAAUACAUGGUGAUACAUGGUAAUACAUGGCUAUACAUGGCUAUACAUCACAUUACAUGGCUAUACAUGGCUAUACAUUGCUAUACAUGGUAAUACAUGGUGAUACAUGGUAAUACAUGGCUAUAAAUGGCUAUACAUGGCUAUACAUGGUAAUACAUGGUGAUACAUAAUAAUACAUGGUAAUACAUGGCAAUACAUGGUGAUACAUGGUAAUACAUGGCUAUACAUGGCUAUACAUGGUAAUACAUGGCUGUACAUGGUAAUACAUGGCUAUACAUGGCUAUACAUGGGUAUACAUGGCAAUACAUGGCUAUACAUGGCAAUACAUGGCUAUACAUGGGUAUACAUAGCUAUACAUAGGUAUACAUGGCUAUACAUGGUGAUGCAUGGUAAUACAUGGCUAUACAUGACAUUACAUGGCUAUACAUGGCUAUACAUGGCUAUACAUUGCUAUACAUGGUAAUACAUGGUGAUACAUGGUAAUACAUGGCUAUACAUGGCUAUACAUGGUAAUACAUGGUGAUACAUGGUAAUACAUGGCAAUACAUGAUAAUACAUGGCAAUACAUGGCUAUACAUGGGUAUACAUGGCUAUACAUAGGUACACAUGGCUGUACAUGGGUAUACAUGGCAAUACAUGGUGAUACAUGGUAAUACAUGGUGAUACAUGGUAAUACAUGGCUAUACAUGGCUAUACAUGGCUAUACAUGGUAAUACAUGGUGAUACAUGGUAAUACAUGGCAAUACAUGGUAAUACAUGGUAAUACAUGGCUAUACAUGGGUAUACAUGGGUAUACGUGGUAAUACAUGGCUAUACAUGGCAAUACAUGGCUAUACAUUGGUAUACAUGGCUGUACAUGGUAAUACAUGGUGAUACAUGGUAAUACAUGGCAAUACAUGGUAAUACAUGGCAAUCCAUGGCUAUACAUGGGUAUACAUGGCUAUACAUGGCAUUACAUGGGUAUACAUAGCUAUGCAUGGGUAUACAUGGCUAUUUUGAUACAUUUCUUGAUACACUUUAAUAACCCUACUUAAAGUACCUACCUGUACGUAGUCCGACAGAUCAUAGCUAACGACCAGUCACAACCUGCUUACCACAAACAAUCUAGAACCUUUUGAAGAGACAAAUAAUAAUUAUCAAAAAGGAUAAUGAUCACCCUUUUCGUAUUUUUCUUGUCUGGUUAUUAGCACUGAAAGAGAGAGGAAGUGUAAAAUGGCAAUUCUCAGUCAAAAACUUGAUGUCAGUAACCCUGAACAGUCACAAAAGAUAAACUGCGAUCCAAGGACGCCAUUUCGCACCAUCGACGGAACGUGCAACAACUUACAAAACCCAACCUUCGGAGCAGUCAAUACACAAUUUAAUCGUCUCAUAGCAGCGGAUUAUGGCGAUUCCAUCUCAACACCUCGCCUUGCAACGUGUGGAAAGGAGCUUCCGAAUGCGCGUGAUGUAAGUCGCUUUGUUCACGGCAGUAACAAAAAGCGCACUAACCCAAAUUCUACCACACUGACCCAUCUGACCAUGAAUUUUGGACAGUUCAUGGACCAUGACACAACUCUGGCAAUGCCCCAAGAGCUUAACUGCGAACCACCCACCACAAAUCCAGAGUGCAUCAACAUUGAAAUUCCCGAGGACGAUGCAACAUUCCGAGACCGGGAAGUCGAUAUUAUUGAAAUGGAGAGAGACGCCCCUCACGAGCCAUCUUCUUUCUGUAAACUGGUCGCCAGAGAGCACAUCAACACUCUUACAGCUUAUGUUGAUGCUUCCAACGUUUAUGGGUCAUCAAAGGAAGUUGCCGAUUCAGUCCGUGCUGAAGGUGGACUUCUGAAAGUUAUGAAGCAUCCAGAUGGCAAGCCCUUCAGAAAUCUGUUGCCUAAGCAAACCAUGGGUUUCUGUCCGUCACUAGAUCCAAACAGACCGUGCUUUUUAACAGGGGACAUCAGAAACAAUGAGAACCCAGGUAAGAAUAAGUCAGCUUAGAUGAUGUAAGAGUCUAUAUAUGCGUUAUUAUCGAGGUCCUCUUAGGUGGGUUAGAUAUGUCCCUAUUAUGAAUUUCAAAACCUUCCGCCUUUCACUCAUUGAGAAGGAGGCCAUGUCUCUAUCGUUAUUGUACUCCUGUAUUUGCGCUUUUCUUCGUCGCUAUCGCAGUCUCAAGGAACCCAAUUCUUUUUUGUCGUUUGUCGCCAUUUAUUCUGACUUACGUCCCUUUCCUACGCCAUAUCCUUUGUGCAAUUAUCCCAUAACAGGGCCCUAAAGCUUUUUUGAACUUCUGGAGCAGAGAGAGAUUGUUAAUCUCGUUCUUUCUUCUCCACCUAACCAUCCUUGUUAUUCCAUGUAUAUAUAUGGCUGUUAAAUUGUGGCAGGAAUUACCUAUUGAACUUAAACAUGUAAAACACUUCAAUUUUCGGCGUAAGAAAGUAAAACAAUAUUUAUGAUAAGUAAAGGAAAUCCACUGUCAGAGUUAAGAGUCGCAUACAACAUUUUACUUAGCUAUUGUACUCUUUGACUGCAGUUCAUGCUUGGUGUGAGUGGAUGUGUGUUUGUGUGUUGCUCUUGAUGUUUACAUAUUAAAUUGUAACAAUACAAGACUCGCAUCUAACUCGGAAACCUAACGGUUUAUUUAGAUGCUAGGUAUUCCCUUACCUGUAAUGCAUUUUUAGUUUUACAAAUAUUAUAUUGCAUCUAACUGACCGUUAGACUAAAACUGCCUGCUGUAACUAUAAUUAUUCUAAAGCGAAAUGUAAAGAAAGCUCGUUGUUGUUGUUGUUGUUACGUAAUAUUCGUUUGAAAAAUGUUUUUUUCAAAAUAGAGAAGUUCAUAUAAUUUAGUACGGUUAAUGCCACCAAUGAUCAACCGAUUUCCAUCGGGCAAACUUCACGUAAAUGAGAUAACUUUUCUAGAUUUAUGAUAGCAAAAUAACAUAUAGGUCAACGAGCUUUUCUUUUUUCCUCUCUCUCUCUCUCUCGAAAGUUUUCCUUUCGACUUAAAUUUGAAUUCCAGUUUGUCGAGAUCGACUCGGAUAGGAGAUACACUACCGAAGAAUCUUUACAAUUCAUUUAUUUAUUUAUCAACGAUCAAUUUUAAACCAACAUUGGCCAAGGCUGAUAAAACUUACCGAGAUCUUGAUUAUUCAGGGUUUUACGAAAACCUCAUCCAAAAAUUGUUUUAUUAUACAUUACUUUGAAGAAUAUGAGCACAAAAACACCGUUGCACGCCGAACGCAGUUUGUCAUUUUGCGGCUCUUGAAAAUCAUGCAUUGCGCGCAACUUACAGAUUAGCAGAUAACUAGCUAACUUUAGGUUACACUGAUUUCCAAAAUUAACCGCAGGCUCUAGCCAAUGAGAAGACAGAUAGCGAACGCAAUGUAUAAUAAGAUGUCUUAUCUUGCAGGUCUCAAUUCAGUCCACACCAUCUUCGUUCGGCAGCACAACCGAAUAGCCACAUUUUUAAGCAACAACAAUAAUAUUAAUGGAUGGGACGACGAAAGGAUUUACCAAGAGACCAGAAAAAUCAUCGGGGCGCAACUGCAAGUCAUUACAUACAACGAAUUCCUGCCAUUGAUUUUGAGUAAGGAAACGGUAGGUUGAUAGCUCGCUUUUAAUCUCUUAUGAUUAAUGAAAAUAGUUGUUGUCUCCUAGACCCUUAGUAAGGGCUAUUUUUCACGUCUUACUAGAAAUCUGGUGCAACGCAAGUAAAGCAUAGGCACCUUGCUUUUUAUCAUAGACUUUUGUCCUUGGGCCAUCGUAGUUUGAUAAAAAAUAAAACACAAACAGCAGUGAUAAACAUUGUAAGCCUUCGCAUUUUUAUAGAUUUGACGUUUCGCAUGUUGGAAUUGUGAUGAUUUUUACAUUAGCAAAACUAAGCGACGGCUCCAUGAUAGGAAGACUGAACACUGCAAGUGCCUGACAAAAAAUGAUCCCUCGUCAGCUAUUGCUGACCAUGUCACUGCUACCGGACAUAAAAUCAAGUGGGAUCCUUUUGAAUUUUUAGCAUCUGGCAAGACAGAUUACCAUUGUAAGAUAAAAGAAACAUUGUUUAUACAAGACCUUAAGACAGGUUUUAAUGUCAACAACAGCACUGAAAAGCUGGUGCCUUUAGUAUUAUUCAUUACUGUUAAGAACUUUGAAUUCUUAAUCUCAUUUCCAGAACCCUUGUAAAAACUUUUGUAUGUAUAGUCUCGUCAUUAUCUUUAACGGUCACUUAAGACCCCUUUGGAAAAUUUAUGUUGAAUAACAUACGAACAUACGAAAAGUCAAGUUCAUAGAAAUGCGAAAGCUCACAGUGUUUAUCACCGCUGUUUGUCUUUCAUCUUUCUUCGUGUUCAUACUUAUGUUAUGGCGGUUACACUUUUCAAAAUGCAUAAUCAGAGCACAAGCAAGUUUUCUUUUUAACUAAUCCAUAUAGCUAACUGUAUGUUCCAUUUUAAAUACAGUAUUGCAUUGUGUACCGUUCUAAAGUGAUGACGUCAUAAGAGUUAAAUUUUCGAAAUUAUGGGAUUUAUUGGGAUAUUUUGAAAGAACAACAUCUGAGAGGCCUACUUUCCAAAAGUCCUUGAACUGCUGGUCGAACUUAGGGCCUGUUUUUAUGGAGGUGGGGGGCUCCAGAUAAGUGAGGUAACAUGUGGCGGGUCACCCCACCCAUCAUGUAAACGUGGUCAAGAUAAAAUGAGGGAUUAUAUGGACCAGCGGGUUACCCCACCAAAGCGGGUUACCUCAACCGCCUGGGAUCCCCAACACCUUCAGGUAAACAGGUCCUUAGUGCCUGCUUUAAAACAGGCACUAAGUCUUAAAAACAGUCUUUUAACCACUAUUUUUGGAAAGAUGCUAUACCGUGAGAAUAAGGAGUCCCAUCUAAGGAAACUGAAACUUUCCUAAUUCUUAAACAGUCAUUUUGGUAUACAAUGCUGUACAAUUUUUGCAAUGGCAGGAGGGAAGUUAUUCACGAUUAUAAGAAACACCCACGUACCCCGGUCUUAAAUUCAGCAACUGAAUGUCAGUUACGUCAGGUUUUGUUAAUUUUGCGAAAAGCUUUGUUUUUUUAUUCUUUAUAAUUAUUGUAGAUCAAAGACUUUAAGUUUCGAACUACUUCCUGGAAGGUAAUUAUUCAAGGGCUACUUUUUUGGGGGAAGUAAUUCAUAACAAGAUGUACACGAAAAGAGCUAUUCGACCUGCUUUAAAUUUAUUAGUAUUAGUCAGCAUGUUUUCAGCUGUUUCUCCCGUACAUUUAAAAGCAACAUUCAUAAUGUUCUUUUUUCCCCCCUCACUAUACAGAUCAAUAAGUUUGGCCUCGGGCUCCUUAAGGGAAGAGAGUUUUUCAAAGGCUACAAACAAAGCGUUAAUGCUCAAAUGACAAAUGCCUUUUCUGUCGCUGCAUACCGAUUUGGCCACAGCUUAGUUCAAGAAUGGUUUGGAAGAUUCAGUCAAUUUGGUUUCGAACAUGAAGGAAGUGAAUGCGGUUUGAAAACACAAUUUCGGUCCAUCCCAGUGUUGGACUUCAAUAAUCCUCAAUACUUAUACGAGACAGAUCAGGGCGGCGUAGACGCCAUUGUGAGGGGACUAGUGAAAGAUUCAGCAGCGAAAAGUGACGGGUGAGUAAAUAGGAACUGUCUAGUGCCAGAAGAGAGGGUGUUACCAAACCAAGUCUUGUAAUUAAGAGGGAGUGCUCCGUCCCGAGGUUCAACCCCCAUCCCGUUAUAUGCCAUAGAAAAUGUCCCCCCACCCCUUCAUAUACUUACAGACUGGGACUACUUACCUCUCUCCCCAAGUUGAUUGUUAAUGGGGAUCAGGUUCGACUGCAAAUGAAAAUUUUGUAUCCCUGGACCAAACGCUGGGCAGAGCAUUUUUUCUGGUAGAGCAUUUACUUUCUACCAUAAACAAAAAUAGAUAUGUGCUACGAUUGAAAAUUUCUUCCCCUCUGAAAUAAAUUAACAAAACAACUAUGAUCAUAAGAAUUGACAACAGCAGCAAAAGGAAGCGCCUCUUGCCUGUAUAUGAUAGAUACCUUUUUUUAAUGUACUACUUGCGUUGAUAAGAAUGAGUUGAUGUCAAUACUAGGUGGCUCUUCCAAAACUGGUAUAGGAUUUAAAGGAGCCGAAACCAAUUGUGAUGAUUAAAACAUUUUUGGCAUCUUUAUGAUGAACAGUUACAACUUAUACUUAUUUCGAACGUAGCAAAUUUGCCGCCUGUCCCCUUUCAGUUCAUGUUCUAAGUAAAGUCAGUACAUAAAGAGAUGAUGAGUCUGGUAGUUCUAUUAGAUGUUCAGCUGUCCAGCUGUUCUUGCUAUGUUUUUAGGCAUAAGCUCAGCUAAUUCUCAUCGUUUUCGCAAACGUGUGUAAUUUCUCGCCAUUUUCUUUAGCUAAAACCAAAACAGCUGAGCAAAACAACCUCGUCCACAGAUCUUCACAUUGCCCAUAAUACACCUCGUUUACCUUCCACUCGUUGCCUACAUAGGAGUGAAUGUUCGUAUUAAAAUUUAAAGCAGCUCCGCUUUUAGGAUUUGCUAACUAUAUUUGCUUAGCUAAAAUAUUGUGUUAUUUGCAUGUCUAGGCGAUUUUCCAGUUCUGUGCAAGAAAACCUACGACGUGGCGAGGGUGAUUUAUCUGACUUAGUCAGCAUUAACAUCCAAAGAGGGCGUGAACGUGGAGUUCCGGGGUACACUAAGUAUCGUAACCUUCAGUUAUGUGGCCUAAGCAAUGUAAAAAGUUUCGACGAUUUGAAGAACGUCGCUGACUUUGAUCAAGAUGACGUGGAAAAUUUGCGAAAGGUGUACGAUAACGUUCAUGAUAUCGACUUGUUUGUCGGAGGUAAGCAGUCCCUGAGUGCAUGUGUGUGUGUGUGUGUGUGUGUAUGAGGGGGGGAAGGGGGGGUGGACUGUGGCCCGGGCGCAGGACCGGUGUUCGUCGAAACAUUCCAAGAAUAUCCCUUGAUUCUUUGUUACCAGAGGUCUCUCACUGCAUGCAAAUAUAUGAUAGGAAAGAGAGAGACCUCUCCAGCCUACUACUGGGCUCAGUCUCCAGCCUUGUGUGUCUCGUUGCGCGCGGUACUCUCCACCUGACGGCUAAGUUUCUUGUACAUGACGUCAUGAUGUUCGUAUACUACUACAUGAAAAAUUUCUGCAAUUUGAUUGGCUUAGAGCAGUGGUAUUUCACCUUAAUUUGAAAUACCUACAAGUGAAAAUUACAAACGUUUGCGGGUAGUAGUAUAAACAAAUAAUAGCAUGAUUUGUACGUAAUAUUUGGCAUAAAUACCACUCGUGAUAUUUCAAAAUUCUCUCAUAUUUCACUCGCCUAACGGCUCGUGAAAUUACGUAUAAAAAUUUCGAAAUAUCACCACUGGUGUUUAUGCUAAAUAUCACUACAAAUCAUGCUAUUACCUAUACUUAUACUGAGUAAUUUAUGCAUAACGAUUUUUUCUCUUGAACGCGAACAAUCUCCCGUAGAGACCGAAGAGAACUUUUUUCGCGUAGCAAGAUUAAACGUGUACUGUUAGAAGACGCAGACAUAAAGGGAAAGUUCUAAAGAAUACUCACUUUCCUUUUUGUGGAAAACGAAAAACUUUUGACUUCAAUGACUUCGACCAAGUUUUCUUUACAGCUUGUCCUGUUUUGAAAUGCAACCAAGACAGCGAAGUUUGUAAAGAAUUUUCAGGUACAUUUUUCACGUAAUGGCCAAAGAAAUUACUCGUUUAAAUGGGAAUUUGUGUAUUUAUAAAUUGUUCAUAGUCGUAAUUUACAUUUUGACUUUGGCUUUAAAGCAAAAUUAGAAAGUGGGCCCUAAUUUGAGACGGAUUUGCCCUGAAUUUUGCCACGCCGCUCUUUUAUAAAUUUGCGUAAUCGGAUCCACGAUCCAGUAAGUGUACAUGUUCCGCUAAUUGCUUUAAAUAAAUUUACUUACCCUUCAAUCCAAUUCUUUUUCUCUUGGAACAAUAAUUAAAUUAGGAGUUAUAAGCAAACUGUGAAAAAGAAACAUGAGCCUACAUACUUCAUAUAAACAACAUGGAGAUAAAAGAAACUUUUGAAAGAUGCAUCGUAAAUGGGGAAUUAGUACACACAAGUGAAUAAAAUAUGUCCUACAAGGAAAAAGGAUGUUUUAAUAAUGACUCAAUCAGAGCUGGAAAAGCCAAGGUUUAACUUUUUGUAAACACAAAAACACCGCUGGAAUAAUUGUCAGCAGGAACGGAAAGAGCAUAUUAAAAUCAGGUAACCUAUAAAUUUUCAGCCGUAUAUCUCAAAAGUAACGACUGCAACAGCUGAGCCUCCGAAAAUUAGAAGGAUCUGUGUGGGAAAAACAACUUUUGCUCCCCAGUCAUGGUUGAGUGGUUUUACAUAUACAUACAAAUCCUUAUAAAUUUCGAAAUUUUCAAACUGCAUUACGAGGCUCAAAUUGUGUCCUUUUUUUCACAACAGGCCAAUUAAUCCCUUAAAUGCGGAAGGGAAAGAUUUAACGACAGUUUAAGAAUUUCCAAAUGUACAAGGCCUUGUAGGAAGACCACUCAACCGUGACUGGGUGGCAACAGUUGUAUUUUCCACACAAAUCCUUCUUAUUUUCGGCAGCCGUUGCAAUCGCUACUGUUAAGAUAUACGGCUGAAAAUGUUUAGUUUACCUAAUUUUAAUAUGGUCCUUAAGUUCCUGUUAAUAAAAUCUUCCAAAAGCGAACUGUUUUCGCAUUUAGAGAAAGUUUAUCACGUGAUCAACUGUGGCAAUAGGCUAUGUUCACACGAAACCAGAUUGCUCUUUGCUCCGUUACAGAAAUCGCGCGGAAAUCACCGUAUCUUAUGUGUGAACAGAAGUCCUAUCCGGUGUGGUUUUCGUGCCGGCGCAGAAGCUAUCCGGUGAUAGUGAGAACAUAGCCUUAAUUAUUACUGGACUGUGACCAUACCUGCCACAUGAGCAAAGCCCCGAGAAAGAACAGACUUAAGAGGCUGUCCGCGUAAGAACCGAUAAGGCAAAUUUCGGUGUAUCACAGAUUGCCCUGAUUUUUUCAGUGGAAGAUAACUAUCCUAUCCCAUGAAGAAAUAUCACAUUUAUUUGGACCAACUCAAUUUUUUCUCUAUAUUACAGGAAGAUUUUCUCGGUCACCUAAAACUGGCCCGUUUGCCGUCAGAAGUGGUGCGAUUUUGGCGAAACUUUAGGGCUCUGUCAAACCUACCUUACAUAGCCGAAUAAACUGAUUAUUUUACACACAAACGUUUUAACCCUGAUUAACAGUGUCGAAGUUUAAUGGUUGUAUUCUGUGGAAAGUAAGCAGAUAUGAUAUUUUUAAAAUGACCUUUAAUUUGCUCAGCAGGAAAAGUAAUUUGCAUAACUAGAGCUAAACGGUAAUUUCGCAAAAGUGGCACCUGACCCAGACUCAAGUCUAUAAUAAAUCAGAAGUACUAAGACCAGUCUACUUCUUAAUGCAAUAAAAUUUGUGGGCACUCUUCUCUGCGCGCUGUACAAAGUUCCGUUAAUGUUACAAAAUUCGCCAUUUUGACAGCAAAGCUGGAAUUGUAACGGUCCGCAUUUGAUCGACUAAUUUCCACAGUUUUAACCUUUCUAGUUAUCACCAAAUGUCAUUAGACCCUUUAAAUGUUGGACUUUUGAAAACAUGAGGAGAAAACUUGGUAAUCGCUUUUUCUUGUUUUUUUUCCUUGUCGACGAUCAGAACACGACUUCAUUCUCCGUAGGCAAAUUACCAUAGAUGCGUCGAUCGUUUGACCAAAUUGGCAGGAAACAUAACUGCUUAUAUUUCACAUUUUUAAGGGAAGAAAACUCUUCUUUCCACGGAAAAAUACGAACGAUAUAUGACUUAGAAUCUCCUUAGGUCUGUUUCUUUUAAGGGAAGAAGCAGUAGAAGAAGAUAUGUUUACCGAAUUAAAAUAAUUUAAUUACUUUGGCCCGUCACGCAUUCCCCUAGACUUCGACCUCUUGGCGAGCGGAGCGAGCCUUGUUUGGACCGCGAACGACGCGCCAUAUGAAAUCCGACGAAGGACUUUUUUGAAAGUCUAGCAUUCCCCGAGAGUGGCCGUGUAUCGAUCAGUUCUUUUAUCUACUUAUAUUUUUUUUGAAGUGAUAGUUAUUGAUAAUCAUACAAUUUAAUCACUGUUACUUCCGAUUCUUUACUGGGUGGGAAAUACCGUGCUGUUGUAUUUACAGCUAUUUCGAGAAAGGUUGUCGGGAAAAAAGUGCACGCGACAACCCCGAAAGGUAAUAUAGGAUAUGAUCAAUACACUGUUUCUGACAGUGUAGCUGUCGAGCCUACUUUUGCUGCUUCGCUUUAGCGCUCGGAAACAUAUGUCCAUGGCCUCUCGUGCCAUUCUUUCAAAAUUUCUAUGAAGAGCAGUGAUCUCAAAACCACCAACAAUACCUUCCGGGAUUGUCGCGUGAAUUUUUUCCGACAACCUUUUUCGAAAUAGCUGUAUUCAUUCUACGAACGUUUUAACUGAAUCAGCCGGGCGCCACCGUGAGGAUAGGGUUUAAUAUGACAGCCCAUGGUGUAAUACACGACAAUUAGCUACAAAGUAGUCACUUGGACACCGCCACUCUUAUUCACGAGCACUAGCACAAUAUUUCAGUUACAGAAUUAACAAUUAAUAUUUUCGAAAUAGUUCGCAAACAACUUCAGAAAUACCGUGCGACACCACAGACCACACCUGCAAAGUCCUUUAGGCCCCACACUUCCUAGAUCCCUAGCUAACUAUAGGCUACUCUACAAACUUUAGGGUGGUAUUAACAGAGCAUUGUGUUUAUCGCCAAUUAACAAGAUUUCAGUAAAAAUGAGGAAUGGCAUGCAGAAAAAGGCAUAGUUAUCGUUUACGGUCCGUCUCCUGUCAAAUCCCAAAAGUUUUUGCCGGCUGUUAAUCACACUAAAUUAAGGAUCCCUAUGUUCACUCCUGAGCUGAUGGAGAAAAGCACGCGCAAUCUUGUAUGAAAGACGAAAGUUUGUCAAUUAGGUCUCCUUUUCUUUCCCUGGAUUUGAAUGGUAUUUCAAAGUGACACAAGAUUUUUUUAGCAUUACCACACGUUGAAAUGACUACGUUGCUCUUCCUUUGACAUUACACAUAGGUUGAAAGCUUCUGGUUGAGGGUGUUGUGGUCUCAAUUCUUCAGCGAUUUCUGCAACAAGGUUUUGCCUUUCGAACUCCUCGUCUUCUUGUAACAGAAAACAUCGCAAGAUAAAAUGUUAAAUAGAGAAAUUAGAAUAUCUCUGUACGUUAAGAAAAUUUUUUGCGUGAAGAAGAAAAAAGAAUGAUACUUACCUGAUGGAACAAAACUUUGACUUAUUUCGCUGGCUAUCUGGAAAUUUACGACAUGUCUUCCUGCCACAGAAGUUCUUUUGCCAGUAUGAUCCAGAGUGUGACCGGGGUAUUGACAAGACCUUAGGCUCGAUUUCCGCCGUCUCCCCGUCCGUUGGGUUUCAUUUUCCAGAACAGCGGCUGACAAUCGAGCCUAACAAGACUUGGCGCCCGCAAAAACCUGCGAAGCAGGUGUCUGUGCCUUGGGCAGAUUGUCAUUUUAGUGUUAGCCUGUGUACACACUACCAUCCCCCCUCCUCGUAGAAGAAGCCCCUUCUCCGAUUUUUCCUGAGGGGAGGGGGGUCUGUACACAGGCUAUUUAAUGUCUGUGCCUUGGGCAGAUUGUCAUUUUAGUGUUAGUCUAUGUACAAACUACCCCCCUCCCCCUCCUCGUAGAAGGAGCUCCUUCUCCGAUUUUUCCUGAGGGGAAGGGGGGUCUGUACACAGGCUAUUUAGUGUCUGUGCCUUGGGCAGAUUGUCAUUUUAGUGUUAGCCUAUGUACAUACUACCCUCCCCCCCCUCCUCGUAGAAGGGGCCCCUUCUCUGAUUUUUCCUGAGGGGAGGGGGGUCUGUACACAGGCUAUUUAGUGUCUGUGCCGUGGGCAGAUUGUCAUUUCAGUUCCGAAUACCCACCAAGCCUCGAAUACUUACUCUCGCUAAAAUGAGUUCAUUUUCAUUGCCUUUGCUACACUUGCUACACUUAGACAAGUGACAGCUGGCUAAGUGUGACGUAAUAUCAUCCAUGCACUCUGUGACCAACACUUUUUCCUCCACACCCCUACUGGGACCUCAGUCUGUCAACGAUCUCGCGGAAGAACUGCUUGAUGAAAUAGCCGAAAAAGCCAUUUUUCACAAUUGAUCUCUUCGGCGAUUUCAUUGACAUAAUAAUAUCUGAAAUUGGCACCUGCUGCGUUAUAAUUCAAUCAGAUUGAAACCAAAACAAGAUCAUCGUUGGAAUUCGGAUGUUAUACCCUAACAAAAACUAAAAAGAUACUCCCUUUUGCGUUUAUUCACUGAAAAAAGGAACUAUUUUUCCCUUUCCAUUCUGCUACCGAUAAACGUUUUAAAGAUCUUUGAAUGAAACAGAAAUUUACUGCUAAUUUAAGAUAGAAGAAGAGUAGGGCAUUUUUUUUUUUUUUUAUCAUAGUGCCAUGUACAAAGAUCUGCCUUCUCCUGAUAAGCAAAUAUCAUAAUAAAGCUUUCGACGUUAACGCUAUUUUUUAAGGCACGCAAAAAAGAGUGCCCAAAAAUUUUCGUGUGCUGACAAGACGACUUACCUUGCUAGUGAACUCUUUUUUUUAUUAUUAUUAUCAAUAACUAUCAUUUUAAAAAAGAUGAUAAUAUUGUAGAAUUGAUCGACACAACGUUAUUGUUCUCUAAUCGACCACCCCUCUUUAAGAAUGCGUGACAGGCGACAACAAUUGAAUUAUUUUAAGCCACGCAAACAUAUAUCAUGAUAUAUUAUUCAGCUGCUUCUUCCUCGUUAAAAAAAAAGAAAAAAAAAACAGACCUUAAGGGGAUUUUAAGUCAUGAUUUGUCUUUUUCUGUGGAAAGGAGAGUUAUUUUCCCCUUAGAAAUGUGAAAUGUCAGGAUUAUAUUUCCUGUCAAUUUGUUGAAACAACGAACUAAGGCUAAUUUGCAUACGAAGAAGGAAGUCACGUUCAUCGUCGACAAGAAAAAGACCCAAGGAAAAGCGAUUACUAAGUUUUCUCCACAUGUUUGCAAACGUCCAACAUUUAAAGGGUCUAAUGACAUUUAGUGAUAACUAGAAACGUUAAAGCUGUGGAAAUUAGUCGAUCAAAUGCGGACCCGUUACAAUUCUGGCUUUGCUGUCAAAAUGGCGAAUUUUGUAACAUUAACGGAACUUUGCACGGCACGCAAAGAAGAGUGCCCACAAAUUUUAUUGCGUUAAGAAGUAGACUGGUCUUAGUACUUCUGAUUUAUCAUAGCCUUGAGUCUGGGUCAGGUGCCACUUUUGCGAAAUUACCGUUCAGCUCUAGUUAUGCAAAUUACUUUUCCUGCUGAGCAAAUUAUAGGUCAUUUUAAAAAAAUCAUAUCUCAGCCAACUUUCCACAGAAUGCAACGACUGAACCUUGAAACUAUUAACCAGAGUUAAAACUUUUGUGUGUAAAAUAAUCAGUUUAUUCUGCCAGGUAAGGUAGGUUUGACAGAGCCCUAAAGUUUCACCAAAAUCGCACCACUUCCGACGGCAAACUGGCUGGUUUUUAGGUGACCGAGAAAAUCUUCCUCUAAAAUAGAGAAAAACUUGAGUUGGUCCAAAUAAAUGUGAUAUUUCUUCAUGUGAUAGGAUAGUUAUCUUCCACUGAAAAAAUCAGGGCAAUCCGUGAUGGACCGAAAUUUGCCUUAUCGGUUCUUACGCGGACAGCCUCUUAAACUGUGAAAAAUUUGGCGGAUAGUUUUCAAAAACCUCAACUGUAAUUCACCAAUUUCGAUAUAUUAAAAUUCAAACUUGGCUUUGAGGGUCGUCGGAAUUACACAAAAGAAAUGUAUCAUUCAUCGCUGAGCCAUCGAGAUUAAUCCUCCUAAGCCUUGGAUUAAAUUAUAUCGAAAAAGGCUAAUUUCACGAUGACGACAAUUGAUUACAAAUACCAGAAUUCAUUUCGUUUUUGCUUUCUUAUGUAAAUCUGUCAAUCCUGCUGAGUAGUAGCCCUAAUUUACACAAGAAACGACUAACUGAAGGAUUCUUUAGUAAAAUGACGUCAUCGCUCAAUUGUUCUAUUGGUCUUGUUUGUCCUAUUUGGUCUACUCUUUAUUUGCUGUUUUUAGGUAAAUGCCCCUCACUGUUUUAAGCAAGGCAUUAUUUCAGUUUACAUUUCAGUGUAUUGGUUGGUCACCUAGGUGCUAAAUUUUGCUUAAGUGCCUGACACAGUAAGAUCAAACACAUUAAAAUUCCUUUAAAUAUAACUUGUCGAGAAAACGCAGGCACCAAUGGUCGUUCACCAAAUAAAAAGACCCCUAUAAUUCCUGUUCCUUUCUGUUCCUGCUAUACAGAUCUUUCUGGUUUUAUAAUGCGAUUGGUAGAAUUUGUAACCAAAAACCGGUUUUGCUUUUUUCUUCAAAGGAAUGCUUGAGCCAAGACCGAGGGGUAGUGACGGAGGGGUACUAGGACCAACUUUCCAGUGCAUUGUAGCGGAGCAGUUCAAACGCCUCAGAGUUGGAGAUCGCUUCUGGCACGAAAAUGCACCGAACCGAAACUUAAACACUGAUCAAACGGCGUACAACGGUGCAAUGCUACAGGAAAUCAGGAAAACAACCUUUGCCAGGAUACUCUGCGACAAUGCUGAUAGCAUCACGGCUGUCAACAAGAUGGUGUUUCAGCAAUCCAAAGAAAAAGUUGAAUGCGACACACUACCGAGGGUCAGUUUAAAUCCAUGGAUAGAGCGUCAUAGGGACUCGGGGUAAGUUUUUGGUAGAUAUUGGGGUCUUGUUUAUAGUGAAAGUGCACUUAGCUGUUCUAGCUGGUUUUAAGGCACUCCACGCCAGAUUGCGAGUCCGAUCCGACGCGCCAACCACUCGACUUGUUUUGUUUUUGGUACAUUCAUUUUAUUUAAAAUACUGGUUAAGAUAGUGAUGCUGUUGAUGAAACAACGACGAAAAUGAUGAUGAUAUCAAAGAGGCAGUUAAUUUACUAAUCAAGAUUAGAAGUGUAUUUUGCGAGUUCAUUGGUAUUAUGAUUCUUGUUUUAAGCUUGAUGCUUAAUUUUGGGUUUGGAUUCAAUGAAAAUUUGAAUCUCAAAAUAUAAACUAGAAUGAUGAUGAUGAUGAUGAUGAUGUUGAUGACGAUGAUGGUGAUGAUAAAAAUACAUAAAAAAAACUACAAAACAACGCUAUCAGGAACUACCAGGAUUUUGAGGAAGGUUCCUCAUUUCUAGGUAACUAAGAGAAACAAGAGAGUGUCCCCAUGGGACCUUUGUCAUUUGUUAUGACUCGCUCUCCUGGGAUGUAUUCAAAGUAGACAGACUGCAAAUUAUAGUAGUUGCUAAAAAAUAUAUCUACGUGUCCCAACUGUUCAUCAGUAGGAUGCGUAAAAUGCGUGCAAUUCUUCAAUUGGUUUCGGCUCCAUUAAAUCCUAUACCAAUUGCAGAACAUUUUAGGAGGAGCCACCCACCGUGUCGGCAUGAGAACAACCAGAGCUCAGGGCCGAGUUUUUCAGAGCUAGGUUAAGAUAACCCUGGGUUAGUGCAAGAUUUGAAUUCAGAUUUGAAAGCUUAAAAAAUGUUUUAGUUUUACUUCUUUUUGUCUACGAGUUGAUGAUUGGAAGCUCUAAAAAAACAAAGAAAAUUAUCCGAGAAAAUGCUUUUGAACACAAGAAAAAGAAACUCGGGUUAAAUUUAACCCUCGGGUGAAGCGCUAAUCGGCCUUCGAACAACUGGGCCCAGAACUAAAUGGAUAAUAAUACUUGUAUACUGAUGAUGAUGAUUUUGAUGACGAUGAUGAUGAGAAGGAGGAGGAUGAGGAUGAUGAUGAUGAUAAGAGAUGAUGAUAAUAAAAAUAAUUUGUAGUUUCAAAACUGAAAAAAUUAUAUACAGAAUACUUCUUACUAUAUUUUUUAUCUUCCUCUCAGUACCUCAACGCAAAUGUCAUUUUUGUCCUUGAGUAAAUAAUAUUAAAUAAUCCUUAUCAUAAUCAUAACUGUCUUAUUUUUUUUACCUAAUAGAGAACCUGACGAUGUUGACGAUGAUCUCCUCGAUGAUGAGGACCCUGAGUUUUGAGUAUCCGCGCAUCAGUAAAGAAUACUCACAUCCUGGAAAAUUCUCGACGCUUUGCUGGAAUCGUAGAUUAGACAAACGACUAUCAUAAAAAUUGCCUUGCUAUAUUAAUUGUAAAGAGAGAAUGCAAU